AUGGCCUCAAUAAGCUUAGUUCAAGCUUCUAUAGCCAUCGUUUCAUUAAUCCUUUGUUUCUUCUACCACUUCAAGAAACCUCAUAAAGGCUUCCUUAGAAACUGGCCAGUUCUUGGGAUGCUUCCUAGUCUACUCAUGGAGUUCCAUCGAAUCUAUGACUUUAGCGUGGAGAUUCUCGAGAACUCUAACUUGACGUUCGCAUUCAAGGGACCGUGGUACUCUGGAAUGGAUAUGGUUUUCACGGCUGAUGAUAAAAAUAUUCGUCAUAUAAUGAACUCAUCAAACUCCUCCAAUUACACCAAAGGUCCUGACUUCAAAGAAGUGUUUGAUGUUCUUGGAGAUGGGAUACUCACUGCGGACUCGGAGCUAUGGAAGAGUCUAAGGAAAGUUUCCAAAGCCAUGGUCGACCACCAAGGGUUUCAAAAGUUGUCAAUGAGUACCACGAGGAAAAAACUCAAGGACGGGCUUGUUCCUCUCUUUGAUCAUAUUGUGGAGAAAGAAAAGGUCGUGGACUUGCAAGAUGUGUUCAGGAGGUUUACGUUCGACACAACUCUAAUGACAGUAACUGGCUGUGAUGAUCCUAGAUCUCUCUCCAUUGAAAUGUUAGAGGUUGAUGAGUUUGCAAAAGCUCUCAACGAUAUAGGAGAAGGGAUUAUGUAUAGGCAUGUUAAGCCAAAGUUCUUGUGGAAGCUUCAAAGAUGGGUUGGAUUCGGACAAGAGAAGAAGUUGUAUGAAGCUCACGCAACUUUAAAUCGAACUUGUAAGAAGUUCAUAUUAGAUAAGAGAGAAGAGGUAAGAUCAAAAGAGUGUUCUAGUAAAGAAGGUGAGGAUCUUUUAACAUCCCACAUGAAGCUAGAUUCAACCAUGUACUUGAAGUACCAUAAUGAUGAGAAGUUUCUUAGAGACACCAUGUUAGCUUUCAUUCUAGCCGGAAGAGAUACCACUGCUUCUGGUCUCACUUGGUUCUUUUGGUGUUUGUCCAAAAACCCUCAUGUUGUCACAAACAUUCGCCAAGAGAUCGACUCAAAUGGAGCUGAUGACCCCGAGAGGUCGUCUUAUGAUUCCAUGGAGUUCUUGAACAAACUAGUGUACUUACGUGGUGCCUUGUAUGAAGCAAUGAGACUUCACCCUCCUGUUCCAUUCGAACGUUUGUCUCCCAUAAAACCAGAUGUGCUCCCAAGUGGGCAUAGAGUUGACCCAAGUAUAAAGAUUUUAAUCUUUAUUUACGCGUUGGGGAGGAUGAAAGCAGUAUGGGGAGAAGAUGCUUUGGAUUUCAAUCCCAAGAGAUGGGUUUCAGAAACAAGAGGGUUUAAAGAAGUGUCUUCCUCCAAGUUCUUUACGUUUAAUGCUGGUCCAAGAGCUUGCUUGGGUAAAGAGGUAGCUAUGACACUAAUGAAGACAGUGGUCGUGGAGAUAUUACAAAACUAUGAUAUUGAAGUUGUCCAAGGCCAAAAGAUUGAACCAGCUCCUGGUCCUAUCCUCCGCAUGAAGCAUGGUCUUCGAAUCAAACUUACUAAAAGAUGUUCAUCUUCUUCAAAAUAA